AUCAACAGUGUGGUGUUUCUACCUUUCUUUUUCGAUUGCGCGGUGUUGGAGUUUGUUUUUAGCGAGCUAACGUAGCUUACAUGUAUUUAUUUGUGUAAGUUUAGGGACAUUUGACGAACCUGGCAUACAUAGUUCGCCUUGAUUGAUCAAUAGAAUGCAUUGAUUCGAGAUUUAAGAAAAUAGUAGCUUUGCGCUGUUUAUUUUUCACCUCAUUGUUUCGCGAGUUCGGGAUGUUUUUAUCCUCAACAUGGAGACAAAAAGAGGGGAGAUUCCCAACGGUGUAUUGGACGACCUCUGCAGUCGAUUCAUCCUCCACAUCCCUAGUGAAGAGAGAGACAAUGCUAUCCGCGUGUGCUUCCAGAUCGAGCUUGCCCAUUGGUUCUACCUGGACUUCUGCAUGCAGAAUGCACCAGGAUUACCUCAGUGUGGGAUAAGGGACUUUGCCAAGGCUGUUUUUAAUCAUUGUCCAUUCCUGCUGCCCAAUGGGGAGGAUGUACAGAAGGUUCUAGAACAGUGGAAGGAAUAUAAGAUGGGUGUUCCAACCUAUGGUGCCAUUAUUCUAGAUGAGUCGCUUGACAAUGCUUUGCUGGUUCAGGGCUAUUUGGCCAAGUCAGGAUGGGGCUUUCCAAAGGGAAAAGUCAAUGAAGAUGAGGCUCCCCAUGUUUGUGCUGUACGAGAGGUUAUGGAGGAGACGGGUUUCGAUAUCAAAGAUCGCAUCUGCAAAGACACGUACAUCGAGCAAAAAAUCACUGAUCAGUUGGCCCGAUUGUACAUAAUACCUGGGGUACCCAAGGAGACGAAGUUCAACCCCAAAACAAGGAAGGAGAUAAGGAACAUCGAGUGGUUCCCGAUUGAGAAACUACCAUGUCACAGGAACGACAUGACUCCCAAGUCUAAACUUGGACUCGCCCCCAACAAGUUUUUCAUGGCCAUUCCUUUUGUCAGACCACUCCGAGAAUGGAUUGCCAAGCGUAAAGGAGAGUCUACAGACAGUGAUGAGGAUUUUGCAUCCAAUGGCAGCACUCCAUGCAAACCUCUAGACAAAGCACGCUCCAAGCAUCGACGGGCCCAGAUGUUGCCUGAGGCGUCUCCAGGAGAGGGGUGGGGGAAGCAGAAGCAACCCAAGCCUCUGGGACAGCUGAGCCAAUACGAGGUCUCUGAACUCUUGAAAGCCAAGAACCUCAAUGUGAAAGGCAAUGGGAAGAAGCACCAGGAUUCUCCCAACCUGAAGAAAAGGGCCAAUGGAGUCGGCAACCAGCAGAAAGAGGAGAAGAGACUUCAGCCCAGGAGACUGCAGGACAACUUCGACACAGAUGCAGCACUGCCAUCUGACACGUGCAGUUCCAUCAAUGGGCAGCAGGUGGUCUGCAACGGCAACUGUGAACACCUCUCCUCCAGGUCCUUCCUCAACUUCAAGUUCGACAGGGAAGCCAUCAUGAAAUGCUUUGACUCCUGAAAUAGCCAACGGACACCUUGGUCGUGUUCAGUAGGGACCAAAAGGAAGUAAAUGCAUUUUUUUUUGCUUUUCAUUGUAUGCCCUAAUGAACACGACCCUGGAAUGGCAGACUAGCAGAUACUUCAGUUCAAUGGAACGGCAGCCCCUCCAACCUUAGGGUUGAGAUGAAGAGUACUGACCACAUAUAUAUAAAAGCCUUCUGUCGUAGGUUAAAUUUUUUGUCAAGCACAGAAACGUGAACUAGGUGUCGCUGUUUGUUCAUUCAAGCCGAAUCCUUACUUUGGGAUUCUUAGUAACUUAGUUUCGCUUCCAGGAAAUCAUGCAGUGAUGUCAAUGGCAAAAAAUAGGGAUGAACAGUUUGUACUCUUGUGCACAGAUCUCUAGUUAGGAUUCAGCCCAUAUGAUCCAGAUUUACUAAGCAUUUGCAUCAGGUGCAAAUGUUGUACCUGUAUUUUUAUAGAGGGAAUUAAUCACAGAAAAUAGAGUUGGGGGGGGGGGGGGUUGAAAAUACAGGUUCUGAGAAGAAAGACGGUAAAGGUAGAUUUAAAGGUUAAAUAAAGGUAGAUGAAGAUAGAGUUUUAACUUUGGGGUUUCAUCCCCUGUUGACACGAACAAAGCAUAUGUUUAGUAAACCUGGCCAGUGAGUGAAGUCGGCGCCAUAACUUGCCCAGUUCAGUGUUUUUUUUUGUCUAAUUUUUAAUGGACGACAUAGCCCAACUUUGGUCAGUUUCACCGCCUUACCAACUGAGCUCCCGAUUUAUGUUUUAUGGCAGUGGUUCCCAACCAGGGGUCCUAGGACCACUUGGUGUACGUGGUCUAUCCACAGGGGGUACUUAAGAAGACUCAUGAGACCAUGGGACUGCUGGUAAAAUGCACAUGAGGGGGUACUGCAGGGGUACUCCGGGUAGAGCAAAAUUCAGUUGCAGUGGUACAGUAACCGAAAAAGGUUGGGAACCACUUUUUUUUGUGUAUAGCUGGUGUGAACUGAUCUGAGGCUAAGCACAGAGUACUGUACAUUGUGCUUCUACGCUUUAUCCCCAAAGUCAUAAGGCUGGUGUAGAUUGUCUUGUACAGGCAGUCAUGUUGAAUGGCUCAAGCAGUGUCCGCUCCAAGUAGCCUCGUCCUACCAACUGUGAUGCCAAUGGCCGCGUUCCAGGUCAAGCUUUUUUUGCAGUCGUGCAUCUCAGAAGUUUGCUAUAUGAUACAAAUUAGGUUUCCACAAUGUUAAAUGUGAUUUUGCGCAGCACGACUGCAAUAAAGACAACCUGGUACGUGUCCUAUGUCUGUCUUGUCUGGGGUCUGUAGCAGGGCUUGGUGCAGCUAGCCUGACUUCAGAGGCUGAUGGCAGAGAUGUAAGACUGAAACAGCUUGUGUUAAGAUUCUUCAGUGCAAAACACAUCACUCUCACAAUGCGCCUGGUUAACAAAGUAGCUUUACCUAUUCUACACCUGGAACAAGACAAAUCACAUUUUACACUAGGGAACAGUAACAGGGGGAUGUAAUCCUAAAACAAAACAGAAAUAAAAAUGUCCUGUUUUCUAGCUUUUGUUUGUUCUCCCUUCUAAAAAUGAUUCAAAACUGAAAGCACAGGUGCAAAGGCUUAGUAAAUUUAGCCCAAUAUGUGUGGUACAAAGCAUACUGCUAACUGGCAUACGACUGAAUGAAAUCAAUUUACCCUUGCAUCAUCAGUAUGCUUGUUGGAAGUAUUUCAGACCUCUGAAUCACAAUACCUUGCCUGCUAGGCUACUAUAUGUUAUGUUUUAAAUGGCAACAAGUCAUGGAACCCCAACUGUGACUGGAAUGUAAUGUAUGAUUGAACAAUAAAUUGACCCUACAUGUAGUCAAAGGUAGGUUUUUAGAGAACUUAUUGGUAAUAUUUUAAUUGAUGCUAAGUAAUGCAUUGUGGUUAUAAUGCAUGUAAUACUUGUCAUAAGCAUAUAUGAACCCCACUGUUUUAGUAAGUGUCAUCUCUUCAUGAUCCUUUAAUAGGACUUCUAUUUUCAGUCUGAAGCAUUGUAAGGGCUCAUACCUGCUUAUAACUGGUAAUGAAGCGUCAUACCUGCUUAUAACCGGUAAUGAAGCGUCAUACCUGCUUAUAACAGGUAAUGAAGUGUCAUACCUGCUUAUAACAGGUAUUGAAGCGUCAUACCUGCUUAUAACAGGUAUUGAAGCGUCAUACCUGCUUAUAAUAGGUAAUGAAGCGUCAUACCUGCUUGCAUUAAGUUUGUAGAGCAUUACAAACUUCAUGUUCAGAGGUGGUUAUUCAACAAUACAUGAACAUAGGCUUCUGAUUCAGGAGGGCGCAACGUUACAGAAUGUUUACAUAGAAAUAGAUUGUGUAGAAGAUACACACUUCAUGUAGAAUCGAGACUCUUCAUCAUUACAUGUCUACGUUGCACCUCACGGAAUCAGUCCCAUGAUUCAAUCUGAGUAAGAGACAGUCUCAACAGGAACCUGUUAGAGAUGUUAAAAGACGUACGUCCCCUCUUGGGAGAAACACUCUUUGAUCUUGUUCUGGUGACACUUCCUAACGGCAGUCAUUUCCCCGUCUGUGGUCGGCACUGCGCUGAGACAGGGUAAUGAUCCCAUGUGUGUUGGUGUGUAUUUCGGCGUUUCCAGCAGCAAGCUCUGAUAAUAAAGAAUUAAAAUACUGGUCAGAAGUGUCCUGUAACCUCUGAGAAAAAAUAUGAGUUUUGAUAUUAGGUACGGUAUGCUGAUGAACCCGCGGGACUAUGACGAAGCAGGACUUUCCUUUUGAUUAACAGUGUUGUAUUCACCGCGUAUGGUUCAUUCUCAUGUGUCUGUAACAAAUACCUGUUCAUAAGGGUACAACAUUGAAAUGUAUUGUGUAUAUAUGAUGGUCUGUCAUAUAGAAUAGGGAACCAUGUCAGCUCUAUUCGUUACAUUUCUAUCUGCAAUGUUCUGAACUUCCUCUGUUGAUUUGGAGAAUUGCAUUAGUGGUGUGGUUACAUCUGAAAGCCGUUGACCUGAGGUUGAUGGAUAUAAGCAGGACUUCCUCUUAUCUUCAUGUGUAACUCGUUUUCAAUGCCUAUCAUUAUUCUUUUGAGAUCGUAGGCUUUCAUUUUAAAUACUGUACUGUCGGGGGGGGUUUCCCCGUUUUUCUUUUUUUUAAGAAAGUUGAGUUAUUUGUAACAUGGUCAGUUGCAGCUCAAGUUGCUUCUGUUAUUUCAUUUAGGAAAUUUAGAAAAUAAUUUAUCUCAACCAUUUGCUAUACUUUAUGGGUAUCACUUCAUUUGAAAGGGUACUUAGCAAGGACUUCCUGACACAUUCAUUCCAUCAAUGGCUAUGUCAACAUCCACAAUGUUAUCGAUUCAUUAUUUCACAGUAAUGCCCUUGUGAUUGUUGACAUAAGAAUGUACUGAUUAUGA